GUGUAUCUGCUCUAGGGGCUCAGCACCGCGUCGGUAGUGGCACAUUGACCAGUCUGGGGUCACCUGGCACCUGGUGGUACCAUCGGUCACAAUGGGCCGAACACCUCAGAAAGAGCCAAAAGAAGAGAGGAGGGAGAAACCUGAGAGAAGUAACCCCUCUCCAGGAACCGGCCCCCCCUCUCUGGAUAAAUCUAAUGAACCCUUCAGUUGGGAGGAGUACCUUAAGGAAACGUCAUCCACAGCCGCUUCUCCCAGCUGUUUCAGACAGUCCCGUUUCCCUCCCAGUAAUGACUUCAAGGCUGGUAUGAAGCUGGAAGCCCACGACCCUCGGAACAACACGUCCAUCUGCAUCGCCACGGUGAUGGGUAUGAUGGGUACGCGCCUGCGUCUCCGUCUGGACGGGAGUGACAACACCAACGAUUUCUGGAGACUGGUGGACUCCUCAGACAUUCAGCCUAUAGGGACCUGUGAGAGGACAGGAGACAUGCUGCAGCCACCUCUGGGCUUCAGAAUGAAUGCCUCCUCGUGGCCUAUGUUCCUCCUGAGAACCCUGACUGGAGCAGAGAUGGCACCAGCCACAGCUUUUAAAAAGGAACCCUCCAUGCCCUCCCAGAACCUCUUUAAACCUGGGAUGAAGCUAGAAGCAGUGGACAAGAAGAACCCCUACCUGAUUUGCCCGGCAACCAUCGGAGAGGUCAAAGGUGAUGAGAUCUUUGUGAUGUUUGACGGCUGGAGAGGGGCCUUCGACUACUGGUGCCAGUUUGACUCCAGAGACAUAUUCCCUGUAGGAUGGUGUUCUCUGACCAGGCACAGCAUCCAGCCUCCUGGCAACUUCUGUAAGUACCUCAACCUCACCACUAGAGGACAGCAGAGCCCUGCUUUCUGAUGCGUUUGACCUGUCUGUCACCACGGAUGCUGCUGGCCCAGGGUUUCUUUCUGAAGCUGCCUGAAUGAGCAGAGCUGGAUGAGAAAAACAAACUGUUUCUUUCUGCGAGGAUUUCGCUGGCUGUUUUCCCCUAUUUCCUGUGCUAUUUCCUUUAUAUUUGACUAAAAUACAACCAGUAGGUUUACUACAAUUAGUACUUUUCCACUGGUAAUAAUAUUCCUUAAUGUGUUCCACUGGUGUACAUUCAAGCAGGAUUGUCCUUCCACACAUUGCAUU